AGCUGAUCAACCAUCCCGGCUAUCUGGAAAGCCCAUUUAACAACAGAAAGCCAUAGUAGCCUGUCUUUUCCACUCUGAGAGUUGCCAAGCGGUCGCCGACACCUGUAUAUUGUUUCCCCACGACAUUAUCCGUAGAUGGAGACACAACGAGAGUUUAGGUGGCCGUUGCCUGCCGGUGCCGAGGAGGCGCUGUGCUGUUCGGCCUGUGAGGCGCCACCUACACCACCGGCACUGCAAGCAAGCCCUAAUGUCUGUGGCUUUCGUGGGUGUUAGUGUCUGUUGGCCGAGCCUUUGAGGUGGCGCCGGGGAUGUGAUUUCCGCGGAGCACAAACAGACAGACAGACAGACAACGACGACCAGGUCAAGGUCGUCCCGGGCAUACAUGACGACCAGAGAGGCCCCGGGAGUGCCUGGGACGAGAGAGGCCUGCGGGAAGCUUAGGCCUUGCAAGUGGUAACAGCUGGAAGCUGUGGUUGUCUCUCUGGUCAUGAGUGCACGUGGCUGCGUGCGAUCUCCCAAGUGUUGAACCGCGACAGACGUCAACAGAAGAGGUCGCAUUUCUAAAUAUCAACGUGCGAAGAUGGAAAUGACGAUUUCAUUCCGUAAUGAUUAUGUGAUAGUAUAAAAAGGGUUAAGAUACUAGCUCAAGUGUAAGAUACAGUAUCGUGCACUUUUUUUACUUGACCCAUUGUUUAGAAAUAUCUAAAGGUCAGACGUCGCUGAACUGAAUUUCAACAGCAGUCGCUGUCGUUUCAUUAAAGCAGUCCAGAAUGAAGUUCAAGGCUCUCUUCUGCACGCUGGUCCUGAUCUUUCUGACGAUCCUGAAGGUGCUAAUCACAAUCCUGCUCACGACAGUCAAGACCAUCCUGGUGAGGAAUGACUGGCUCUGGACGCAGGCCUACAACACGGUCGUCUCGUUCGCCCAGGGCCUCUUCUCCAAGGUGCUCGAGCUCAUCACCCUCGGCCUCUGGAACAUGAUCUCCACUCUGCUUAGCGACGCCACCAGCUUCCUCUACGGCGCCCUCUGGCUUUCGGCGACGCUGCUCACGAAGACGGUGUCGGUCACCUUCUGGAUAAUCAAGUACCUGACGAGUCGCUGGCGGGACCUGCCCAACUUCUUCAGGCAGAGGAACACGACGGAGGAGACGGCGCUCAACGUCGACGACCUCAGCUAAAGAGGCGCUGGACCCUGAGAAGCCUGUCGAUGAGAGAGCACCUUCCAGAUGGCCUCACUUGGGUGUGGCAGCGGUUGUGCAGCGAGGGAGACUCCUUUAGAUGCUCUAACGUGUGUUGCCGACGAACGAGAAGAACAUCAUCCGGAAGCUUACACGUAAACAAAUGACAUCAGAAUACACCUCCUCGCCGUUCCUCCAUGUUGCAAAGUGUCUCCCCGAGCAAAAAGGGAGGGCAACUUAUGCUGACCUCAGGCAGAGUCUCAUCAAGGGUAACUUUCGCAUGACCCAAGCUGACCUCGUGUACAUAACCCUGAUCUGUGAUCGUCAGUGACGCGUCGCGCGAUGAGCUUGUGUAGAACUAAAAAUAUUUGUUAGUAGAACCUUUAGGUGUUUGUAAUACGAGGCGACAGCGCUACACCUGCCGACCAUUGUGGUAUCCGCAGUAAGGUGAUACGUCUGUGUGUGUCUUCUGUCAACUGUGAUCUGAUAUCCCGAAUCCCAGGCUGCUUCACGAACGAGAACGAGGCUAAACAGGAGUUCUCUUUCUUUUCAAUUUGAGCGUUUUCCAAGAUUCUUGGUCCCAAUCCUGUUCAGAAAAUUGUAAUUAAUCAUCAAUGUAAUUUGAUGUUAUCAACCCGAUGUUUACGUUCCCUGCCUCCAUCGGUGUGUUCCCUUAAGACAUUGCGAGAGAUAAUCCAUCAAAGCCCACACCCAAACCCACACCCAAAGUCCAGCGAAAGUCUAGGGAAGCCACUCGUUUGGCUCAAGAUUUUCCGGAGUUGGAACCAGUCGACGCGUAUCGUAUCGUGACCGCGCGGCUGGCUGCUCAAGCUCUGUCCUGCAGUGUCAACGAGCUUAUCAUCUUAAGUAUAAGGAAGCAUCUACGAGAUCUCGUUAACUUUGUAACCCGGCGACUGUAAUGGAUUGAAUAUGACGCGAAUGACACUCGAGUGACCACGAAGUCUGGCAAUAACGGCAUUUAGAAUGCUGGCUAAUACAACGCGUCGAUGUUCAUGUGUCCUGAAGGCACUUAGCACUUAAGAUUUCUACAUACACCGAUGGCCGCUGCCUAACACAACCAUCGACAUACAGAAGCGCGUAAUCUUACAAUUAGUGAGAUAGAUAAAGAGAUGUCUCAAAAUGUAAAGAGAAAAACAAAUGUCGAGGAUAUAUGGGUGUGUCGACCACGGUAGAUCAUUCUGUACAAAGGUUGUCAUCAUUUUGAUCGAAUUUAAUCAAUACAUUUUCCUUCGCAAAAAAAGCUUCAUUUCUGUUGUUAUUCCUAAAUUUGCCAUUGGCUAACCGCAGCUUGAUCAUGCGUCACCUCAACUUGUCACUGUUCAUCCCUUUGCUUGCGAUCGUUCGCAUGUAAUGAUUUAGUAGUCAUUGUUGCAAACCCCGACUUGUCCAGACGUAGCUUGUUACCGUCCAUACUACGAUUCUCCGCUCUGUCCAACUCCUUGUUUGUCCCGUGCAGCUUAGGAACAAGAAGAAAAAACAAAAAACAAUAACACUUAGGUUAGUCGAUUCGCAGGAAAACAAUAUCUGGAAGACAGGAAAAGUCACCGAAGGAAAGGACGACUCUGCGUGGCUCGGUUUACAGCGGACGCGAACACAGGGAGGCGGUGUUCUUCUUCUAUGCUUUCUUCCACUCCAGUGCCUUGGUCGCGC